AUGGAGUUCAACAAAGUGCAACAUCCUGCUCCUGGGGAGGAACAACUUCGAGCACCAACAUGCGCUCAGGGCAAUCCAGCUGGAAAGCAGCUUGGCAGAGCAGGGCCUGGGGCUCCUGAUGUGCACCAAGCUGAACAUGAGCCAGCAACCUGCCCUUGCACCAGAGAACAUGCAGAAUCAGCAAAAGCACCUGAGCCUUCAAAACCUGAAAAAUCAACUGAACCAGCUAAGACAACUCAACAGGAAGAGCAACAGGAACUCCAAGAUGGGAAAGAAGAUGCUAAUGCACAGAAGCCAACACAUCUGGGUCCCCAAACAAAUGAGUACGCUGAUGCCCAGCUUCAAGAGAUUGUCAAAAAAUUGCGUGAAAGGGCAAAUGUCUAUAAGGAAAAGCUGAAUGACCCAGUGAUAUCUUCACCUGAAGCAAGUCCUCCAACUUGUAAGUGCCUCUAGAAAUAGCUAUGCAUUUGUUCAAAAGAGGAGGCAGAAGCAAAGCCAGAGGAGGAUCAUUACUGUGAUAUGCUGUGCUGUAAAUUCAAAAAACCUCCACUGAAAAAAUACAUGGAGUAUAUGAAGCUACCAGAUACCAUUGACUCAUACACAGAUCGCCGUUAUGUGGCGUGGCUCAUGCUUGUGACAAUUGCCUAUAACUGGAACUGCUGGUUCAUUCCCCUGCGCUACGUGUUCCCAUAUCAAACCCCCAGUAACACCAUAUACUGGUUUGUCAUUGACGUCAUGUGUGACAUCUGCUACCUGUGCGACUUGAUAAUUUUCCAGCCCCGAGUGCGGUUUAUCAAAGGGGGAGAUAUAAUAGUAAACAGAGCAGAAACAGAGAAAUUCUACCGCAGUUCUCUGAAGUUUCGGCUUGAUUUGAUAUCAGUGUUUCCAUUUGAUAUUUUAUACUUCUUCUUUGGAUUUAAUCCAGCACUUCGAGCAAACAGGAUGCUUAAGCAUAACACAUUCUUUGAGUUUAAUGAUCGUUUGGAAGCUAUUAUGGAAAAAGCAUACAUCUACAGGGUCAUUCGAACAACUGGAUACUUGCUGUUUAUCUUGCACAUUAAUGCAUGCCUGUAUUAUUGGGCUUCAGACUAUGAAGGAAUUGGCAGCACUAGAUGGGUGUAUGAUGGCGAAGGAAACAUGUACCUGAGGUGUUACUACUGGGCAGUUCGUAGUUUAAUCACCAUCGGUGGCCUUGCAGAACCACAAACGCUGUUUGAGAUAAUCUUUCAACUGCUGAAUUAUUUCAUGGGUGUCUUUGUCUUCUCCAGUUUAAUUGGUCAGAUGAGAGACGUAAUUGGAGCAGCAACAGCAGGGCAGAACUAUUUUCGUUCCUGUGUGGACAACACUGUCUCCUACAUGAACACCUAUUCUAUUCCAAAAUUGGUGCAGAAUCGUGUUAGAACCUGGUAUGAAUACACAUGGGACUCUCAAGGAAUGCUGGAUGAAUCAGAAUUACUGGAGCAGAUGCCAACCAAAAUGCAUUUAGCUGUUGCAAUUGAUGUGAAUUUUGCCAUUGUCAACAAAGUGGAUUUAUUCAAAGGCUGUGAUACCCAGAUGAUAUAUGACAUGCUGCUGAGAUUGAAAUCCAUUGUAUAUUUACCUGGUGACUUUGUCUGCAAAAAGGGAGAGAUUGGCAGAGAGAUGUACAUCAUCAAACAGGGUGAAGUUCAAGUCCUUGGAGGCCCUGAUGGUACCAAAGUCCUGGUUACACUAAGAGCAGGAGCUGUAUUUGGGGAGAUCAGCCUACUAGCUGCAGGUGGAGGAAAUCGAAGGACUGCCAACGUGGUGGCUCAUGGUUUUGCCAACCUUUUCAUUCUGGACAAGAAAACACUCAAUGAAAUCUUGGUGAACUAUCCUGACUCAGAAAAACUUCUCAUGAAGAAAGCAAAGGUGCUCCUGAAGCAGAAGGGGAAACCUGCUCCGGGACCACCAGUGCAACAACCACGGGGCUUGGCCGGUCUCUUUGGGCAGAAACAGGAAACUCCGAAAUUGUUUAAAGCAAUGCUUGGAGGGAAAGGAAAAGAAGGCCUUGCUAAGCUGCUGCAGCUGAAGAAACAAGAAGAAAUUCAGGAAACUCAAACUGUAACAGAGACCAAGCCAAAAGAAGAGGAGAAGAAACCUGUGGUGCCCGCAGCCCCCUCCACACCCCCUGCUCAAAAGGAAAAGCCACAGGCAGAUGCUAAGCCUGCAGUUAUGCAGAGAGCAACCAGUAAGGAGUCUCUGAUCAUUAGUAUGACACCAUCCCCCAAGCCAGGAGAAGGAGAGAUCCUUAAAGUUGAAAUUAAAGAGAAAGAAAAGAAAUAG